GGGAGUGUGGGCAGGGCUGUCUCGGGGCUUCCGUGGGCCAGGCCUCCCCUACUCCGGGAGGAAAACGCAGGGGAAGCCCCCGGUCCGUGCAGGCCCUGAAGAGGAGCCCGGGCGGGGCCCCGGUGCGUUGUCCCUGUCGCCGUCUGUGUCCGGAGCAGCAGCCCGCGCCCGCCCGCUCGGCGCCCUGGGCCCCCCGCCCCGGGCCGGAGGGGCCCCACCCUGCCGGGCGUAGACGAACACGGGCCGGGGACACACGGAGCAGCCGUCGCAGGGUCUCGUCACGGCCUCCAGCGCCCCAGCCCCGGGGAAUGCAGUGGCCCCCGGCCCCUGGAACCUCUCCGUGUCUGGGCUGGACCUCCUUCACCUGCUCCACGGCCACGACGCUCCUGAGCUGCGCCGGCCGGGCCCCCCUCAUGGCGGCCAAGUGGUUCAAGGAGUUCCCCUUGAACCUGAAGACGGUGUCGGAGCGGGCCAAGCCCGGCGGCGGUGGAGGCGGCAAACUGCGCAAGAACUUGGAGGCGGGCGGCGCGGGGCCCACCCCCGGCAAGGGCCGCAAGAACUCGGCGGCGGAGCUGGGGGGUGGCAGGGCCGGCAUCGGCCCCUCCAAGGACAGCCGGCUGUCCCGGGACAGCCUGCAGGGGCUGAUUCAGGCCGCCGCGGGCAAGAGCCGCAAGAACUCUCGGACCACCAGCGAGGAGGAGCCCCACCGGGGCGCGGCCAAGAGCUCAGGAUGCAGCACCUACAUCAACAGGCUCAUCAAGGUGGACACUCAGGAGAAGAACGGGAAGAGCAGCUACCCCGGCGGCGGCGGCAGCAGCAGCAGCAGCAGCAGCAGCUCUUCCUCCGCGUCCUCGUCCCCUUCUUCCCUGGGCCCUGACCUGGACAAGGGCAAGAUUAUUAAGCAGCAAGACACGGUCAUCAUUUUAGAAGACUAUGCUGACCCGUACGAUGCCAAACGGACCAGAGGUCAGAGGGAGGCGGAGAGAGCAGGGGAGAACGACGGCUACAUGGAGCCCUACGACGCCCAGCAGAUGAUAACAGAAAUUAGACGCCGAGGUUCUAAAGACCCCCUGGUGAAGGCCCUUCAGCUGCUCGACAGCCCCUGUGAGCCGGGGGAGACGGGCGCAAAGCCCGAGGCGCUGGCCAAGAGACGGAGCUCCAGGGACCUGCUGGGGAAGCCUCCGCAGCUGUACGACACGCCCUACGAGCCUGCUGAUGGGGGUCCCGAGCGGAAGGCGCGGCCCCCGGACGCCCACGGCCGGCUGCCCGAGGAUGAUGAGCGGCCCGCGGCUGAGUACGAGCAGCCGUGGGAGUGGAAGAAGGAGCAGAUCGUGCGCGCGCUUUCAGUUCAGUUUGAAGGCUCUGAGCGACCUUCCACAAAGGAGGAGCCAGUGCGGCAGCACCACCGCCAGAAGAGCUGGACCCCGAAGAUCCUGAAGCCAGCCCUCUCUGACCACAGUGAGGGGGAGAGAGUGGACCCCGCCCUGCCGCUGGAGAAGCAGCCUUGGUAUCAUGGUGCCAUCACCCGUGCUGAGGCUGAGAGUCGACUGCAACCCUGCAAAGAAGCUGGUUACCUGGUUCGGAAUAGCGAAUCGGGGACCAGUAGGUACUCCAUUGCACUGAAGACUAGUCAAGGAUGUGUGCACAUCAUUGUGGCUCAGACCAAAGACAACAAGUACACGCUGAACCAGACCAGCGCGGUCUUCGACAGCAUCCCCGAAGUGGUACACUACUAUUCCAAUGAGAAGUUGCCUUUCAAGGGGGCGGAACACAUGACCUUACUCUACCCCGUGCACAACAAGCUGCACUAAGGUUCAGCCGCCGAAAGCCCUGGCUGGGCCUCUCACACUAAGAGGGCGUCAACAUUCCACUGGCAUCUCAGGGCCCAGGGCUGGACUGGGCUGUAAUGAUUAGUAGGAAGUGGAGGCCUUCCUUAAUAAGUCAGAAGGUCUUUGGGCUUGAAUCCGCUCCAUGACACUCAGUUACUGACCUGUCCCUUUUCUCCCUGCUCAGUAGUUCUGUAGGAAGAAAUCAUAACUUACCAGUUGCCUCUACUCUCUGGACUAGGGCGUUCUCUCUGGGUGUGGCCCUCAGCAAAGGGAAGUCAGGAGUCCAGGAAUAUGGAUGUUCUCCAGAAAUGUGCUAAUUGUCACCCAAAAUGCCUGGUCUUCAAACAAACCAACACAAACAUACUUGGCUUUUACACAAGACAGCAAAAUGGUCCGGUGAACCAGGGGAGCGCAUAAUAUCGGAUCCCUUCUUGGACCAAAGGCUGGACAGGAGAGAAUAAGUGAAGAGUGGACCUUAGACAAAGUUGCCUUUCUUGGGUGGCCUAGUUCAGCUUCACAGUCCAUGAAAAUUCACAGCUUUAGGGUCUGGCAUAAGGAUUAUUUUGUGGUCAGCCUUCUAAGGAAAUCUGUGCUUUCUCUCUGUGAGCUUUUUCAUCACUUCAGCAAAUCAGGAACACAAACAUAAAUGGGAAGGAUGACUAAAGAAUCACCGACAGUGGCUUCCAGUUAAGAUGGUGGAGAGGGUAACUGUGGUACUCGCAUCCUCCCACAACCACAUCAGAAUUGUAACUAAAUGAAGGAAUAACCAUCAUCCAGAACUGCCUGAAAUCUAGCUGAACAAGAAGUCCUACAACUGAGGAUAUAAAGAAGAAGCCACAUCAAGACUGGUAGGAGGAGCAGAGACGUGAACAGGCCGGUCCCACACCCACAUAUGGUGGAUAAAAAUCAGGAGGGAUAUCUUGGCUGCAGGGGUCCCCCUGAGGAGCAGUGGGUCCCAGCCCCACACCAAGUCCUGCAGUCCAGGGUUCCAGUGCCAGGAAGAGAGUUCCCCAUAAUUUCUGACUGUAAAAACUAGCAGGGAUCAGCUCAGAGAGACAGAGGGCUUCUGGGGUCCCAGGCAGUCCCUGUUAAAGGGCCUGUGCAUAGACUUAUUUGGACUCACUCUCUCUAAGCCACAGCACUGGGGCAAUGGCUCAGAGGGCACCAGAGACGUACGGGGAGGAAUAGAAUUAUCUGGCAUGAGGAGGCUGGAGGGGCAGCAUUCUCCCAGACAGAAGUGCUGGCAGAGGCUGUUGUUCUUUUGCUGAGGCCUCCCUCCCCCCACAUCUGAGUCUCCAUCAAGCUGGCUAUCACUGCCCUGCCCUGGUGAUUCCCUGAGAUCCUGCCCCACCCAACCAGUGGGCCCAUCCCAGUUGUUUCCUCUGGUUUUUCCACAUGAAUGGCAUGUCUUGGCUCCUGCUUCAGACUUUCCUAAAAUUUCUCAAAAAAGCAGCAUGUAGUCUUGUCGUGCCCCAUGCCUCUUGCUGACUUGCCCCAGGCCUGACACUAGUGGCAGGUGGCCUUAAUUCACAGUUUGGCAUCUCCUGGGCCCUCCAAGCCCAGUACAAACAGCAGCUACUACAGGUCACUUUGUAGUUCAUGCCAGGAGGCCCCAGGCAGAACACACGUGGCAGCAUACCUUGGCCUGCACUUCUUGGGAGACCCCAGAGCCAUUGCACCCAGUAGACAGCUUCACAUCACAUUGAAGCACCACCCAACCACCUCCACAAGCAACACACUCAAGGGGCAGACUCAGCAGGAGCCAGAGUCCUACUUAAGUGAGUCCUGUUCCAUGGGGUGGGCCCCUGUGUAGCUGAUCCUCCAUGGUGGUUACAGCCAGACCUUGCAGCUGAUCAGCCUGGGGGUAAAUCCCUCCCACUGACAUGCCAACAACAAACAAGGCUCAACUACAACAGGAGCGUGUAUACAGGAUAAACAUGGGGGAGGGCACACCUGGAGUGUCCGGCUCAGGUGAAUAGGGAGGCUGUGCCACUGGACCCUACAGAACACCUUCUACAGUAGGCCACUCUACCAGUCUGGGAGACAUAGCAGCUCUGCCUAAUACACAGAAGCAAACAUGGGAAGCUCCCAAAAUGAGGAGAUGGAGAAACAUGUCCCAAAUGAAAGAACAAAACU